CGCACUGUAAAUCACGGAGGCUGUAUUAUCAGUCGUAAUAUCGUAUGGGGCGGGUUGUUUUUCUACUACGCAUCAGUCGAAAAAUGGGCAGAUGUCUAUGAAACUGAUAACGAUAAAUAGAUAAAAUGUUCAUCUUCAUUCGUCUCCGGCGUUAAAGAACCGAGUAGGUUACUAUUUCAACCAGGCCAAAUGUCUGGAAAUAACAGCAUCGUAAACAAGAAGGUCCGGAAUACAGAAUACAUGAAGAAGUUUCGAGAUCCCAAGUGGGAGACGUUCUCGAAAAGUUAUGAGGACUCCUUGAAAUACAGACUGACCCGACGGGUGAUGGAACAGACGCACAGACCGUUGUUUGAAAAUGGCUGGGACAGUGGAUCUGAUUCGAGUGGACUGUCCAGUCCAAAACUGAAUGAGGUAAAUGUGUCAGAUGCCAGGCAUUAUGCAUCCUCCGUAGAGUCCAAGAACGACACCGCUGAGGUUCUGAACCCCCCUAAGCCGCAAGUGAAUGGUGACAUUCAUACGGAUGCUAGUACUUUGGACAGCUGCUCACCUCCCUUGGAAAAUGGUUUUAAAGAUGUAACUGCUAACGGACCAUCUCAAUCCAUUCCAAAACGCCGUCCGAGACAUCGGGUGCCUCGUUCAGAGCUAUGCUACCCUAACAAGGACUUGGACAGCGAUACAUCAAAUAUAUCUGUGAUAAAAAAGCCGUCCAGAGCUAAGAGCCAGCCACCGGGCAAUGCCAAGGAGCGGACGUUAAACCGUGAGAACAGACGCUCUUCAAUCCGGUAUGACUGGGGAGAAAGGCAUAUUGAGACCAGGAACAGACAGACACCAAACAUAAGAGCGUCUAUGUCUGCUGGAGAGAUUCAUCGGACUGACGUGGGUGUCCAGACGAGAAGGGAGACUGAAAAGCGUGGAUCAGAUCACCGCAGGGCGAGGUCAGCUGACCUGGAGAAGUGUCGCCGCUCCGUACUGAGAGUCACGGAUGAACGAUGGAUGACUGAGUACAUGCGAUGCUUCUCUGCUCGCCUAAGGUAGAAGGCUGAUCCAGGGUCAGUUUAUGCUUUUAUAUAUAAGGAUAGGAGGAUUUCAGUUUACAAAUCUCAGACCAGCACUACAGGACAAUUUUAAAGUAGUACUAUAGAUUUCUAACGGCAGAAACUGUAGAAGAAGAUUCUUACAUUUCUAUAAUAAGAGAAGGAAAAAUCAAAUGCAUUAUAAAAUAACUAAAUAAAUACAAUAUUUUUGGGAGAGAAUGGCUACAAUCACUUUCUCAUGAAUACAAGGACCAAACAUUUAUCUAUCACACCAAAACACAUUUGGUAGUAUGUGUAAUUUCAUGUAUUUUAUUUAUAAUAUUACUUUUAUUAUCUUACUUCCAUUGAAAUUACGUUGGCAUUUUAUUUCUAGUUCUCUACUGCAUACAAUCAUUAUCUUAACCUUUUUUUUUGUCUUAUUUUGCUAUUCCUAUAUAUUUAUAUAAAUAUAUUAUAUAUAACAAUAUAAAUGUACGUAAGCGAAAAUCACGUACGCAUUCUUUUCAGUUAAUUUCUGCAAACCACUUUUUAAACCUUUUUUUAUUACCUUGAACAAUUUUUGUCACUUUAGUAAAGGCCGCCACACACUAAAAGAUAAUCACGCUUAAUUUUGGACUAUAUUCCCCCUUAUGACAAUCCUAGGUAAAGUCACGAUCGUCUUGGUGUUGUACCGAUUACUUUACGAAAACAUGUCAGGCCACUCCAAUCGCAAAUUGUUAAUAUUUACCUUGACUAUUUAUGAUCAGUAAUCCUGUUGUGUGAGGGGAACCCCGAAAAAGCAUAACAACCACAGUCAUGGCACAUCAAGCACAGUCCAAAGUGAGAUGGACAUCAAAGAUGUAAAAAGCAGUCCACAUAAUUUUUCAUGCCUUCAUCUGGCCUGUUUGUUUACUGUGAAGUUACGUUUGAUGGUGAGGGACUUUUUCUGCAUUGAGUGGACCAAACAAUAAAUAGAAAUGAAUUACCUCUCAUCUUUUGAGAAUGUGCUGCCUAAAUUAUCAAUGUUUAAUUGCUUGUUUUAAUGUGAUUGAUGUUUGGUUUGUGUUUAUUUUAUUAGACGAUCAAUGAAUUAUGUUUGAAAGCUGUUUGAAGUGCAGUGCUGUGCUGAGUCAAAGUUAAAGUGAAAUGUUAAUGUUUUAAUAAAAAAAUAUUCCACCAUUUCAGUUGCCUAAAUUGAUGGCUAACGGUCGUGGAAGGCAGUCACUUGAUUCUUUUGAAUGUGAUCAUGCACUGAGUUUAUUUAUUAUGUACUGUACAUUCUUUUAAAGAUUAUUUUAGCUGGACAUCUGAAUGAAAAAUACAUAUUGUUUAAGGUAAACCUGUAUAUAUUUUACUUUUAUAAUCUGAUUAGCACUGGAUUUAUGAUAGACACUUUGAAUGAGCCGUGAUGCUUUAUAUUUUUUGGCCUUAAUCUUAAAGGGCACCUAUUAUGCAAAAUCCACUUUUACAAGGUGUUUGGACAUAAAUGUGUAUUGGCAGUGUGUAAACACAACCACCUUACAAUUACAAAAAUCCACCCACUACUUCUUUUCUAUCCCCGUUAAACCAAAGCAGUCUCAUUAGACAUGCUGUUUUGAUUCUCUUGUUAAAGUGAUGUCACGCUGUUAAAGCCACGCCCACGGGCCACUGACUGACAGUGCGCCAUAUCUCAAUAGUGAGAUACUAUUGUCUCAGACUGUAUUUACAGGAAUCAGAUCUAUUUUAACUGAAAGCAGUCACUGUUUCUUUUGGUAGAGGAGUGAGAAGCCGUAGCUCAUUUGCAUUUAAAGGUACAGACACGAAAACAGCGCAUUUUUGCUUCCCCCCAAAUAGGAACAUUUUUACAUGGUUAAAAAAAUUAUCUGUGGGAUUUUUGUGAGCUUAAAUUUCAAAGACACAUUUUGGGCACACCUAAGACUUUUAUUACAUCUUGUAAAAAUUGGCAUAAUAGGGGUCCUUUAAAGGCGCAGUUUACUCAAAAAUUACUAUUCUGGAUAUGUUUGUUAUUUUUUCCUGUUGUUUAUGAUAAUAAAAAAAUUCUGUUUAUUGUUACUCACAAUGACACUCUUGAAUGAAAUUUGCUGUGUUGACCUGUUGACUUUUUAGCCAUGUUUACAUUUUGACCACUGUAUUUGUACAUGAAAACAUGCACAGGUAUAUUUUAAUCAGCAGAACACAAAUACUCUGAAUGAUUUGCUGUGAAUAAAAUAUGUUUGAGUAACA